GCCCAUUGGUCUCCUCUCUCUCUCUCUCCUCUCUCUCUCUCUCUCUCUCUCUCUCUCAACACUUGAUAUUGAACAGGCACGAGCUCCUGCCAAAUGGGGUUUGCUCCUCAUGCGUAGGCUGGUUUGGGAAUUGAAAGUUUGAAACGAGUCUUCCCCCACUCCUUACCCUUUCUUCUCUUCUUUCCUUUCUCUGUGUCAAGUCUUUCACUCUUGACUUUCCUUACUGAGUGACUAUGUUGAACUUGUGAAGAAAAUUAGGUGGUUUGGAUUGUUAGUUCUUGGGUUAUCAAGCAUGCAGACCAUUUCUGCCAAAGAACAUGGAAGAAAUUUCAAUAAUCCCAUUUUUCAGCUCUCCCCAGUUACUUCUGUGCCUUGGUGGAGUGCUGCUCUUGGAUCACAGCCUGUCUAUCCUGCGCCGCAUAAGGAGAACAGUGAUGGAAAAGACUAUGUGAAGGCGCAAAAAGCUCAGCAAUUUACUUCAAUCUUAUCUCGGCAAUCAUCUCAGCCUCAGUACCAAGCUAGUGUUGAACUAGGACUUGCUCAACCAAUGGUUUGCACAAACUAUCCCUAUAUAGAUCAAUGUUAUGGUGUGUUCACAGCCUAUGGAGCUCAAACAGCGGGCCGCAUGUUAUUGCCAUUAAAUAUGACAACAGAUGAUGGACCCAUUUAUGUAAAUGCUAAGCAGUACCAUGGAAUCAUUAAGCGCAGGCAAUCUCGUGCAAAGGCCGAGAUAGAGAAUAAAGCGGUCAAAAAUCGGAAGCCUUAUCUACAUGAAUCACGUCAUCUCCAUGCACUGCGUCGAGCAAGGGGAUGCGGUGGCCGCUUCCUGAAGACAAAGAAUCCAAACAGUGGGAAGGUUGGGACUAAUGCUAGCAAAGCAAGUGAGGGGAAACUUUCAGAGUCUAAUGGCUCCCCAAGUUCUGAAGGUCUACAGUCCAAGAGUGGCAAUUUAAAUUCAUCAAAGAAGGCAUCUGGUGGUGGUUCAAAUCUGUCAGGGUCAGAAGUGACUAGUGUGUACUCUGGAGAUCUCAAUCAGUUUCAGGGUGAGCAUCUGCGCCUAUCUACUUUUCGCUCUCUCUCAAACAUCAUGGUAAGUGGGCAGGGUGUCAAUAUGUCCAACAAGUGGGUUGCAGCAGAUGGCUGCUGUGACCUCCUCAAAAUUUGAAUGUGGGGAUGGCUUGGGGUUGAGUAGGUUGUAGCUUCAGUUUUUCAGCUUAGCAAGGCUUUAGAGCUGAGUAAAUCCUACGUAAGCAACCCCGUCCCUGCAGCAGCUAAAUGGAGGAGCUCGGUUGCAGCGUUGUUUGUGGCUGUUGCAAUGGGCUCUAGUUGAGUGGAUAGUCCUUCCACCAUUUGGCUGUUUCAAAGGCAACUCAUUCUUGGCUUCUACAUUGAGGUCUCCUGGUCACUAACAGUAUGCGUGCUGUUGCUGGUGCUAGAGACCUUAAUGUAUUGUAUAAUAAACAAAACUACCUAUCGGUGUUUGAUCAGUUGUUGCAAUAGACUUGAAAGUAUGGAUCCUUGUGUAAUUGUGUUGGUGAUGAAAAUGUAGUGGACCAAAGUGUUGUUGGAUCUCCUUCAUGUAAAAGACUGAUAUCUGCUGUGUCUCUCAACUCCUUUUAGACCAUAUAUUGUAAGAAUAUCUGGUGUGUGUGUGUUAAGAA